CACGCCCUCCCUGCCUCCGUCACUGCUGUUCUCUGCGAUUCUGCGCAGGUGACCGGCUGAGCUUCCUUUGGCUCCGGGGCUGUGGGAGGGAGGGCGUGGAGAAGGACUGGGGGUCUCUGAUGGCUACAGUUCUUGCUGGCCGAGAGCUAGCCCCACAGCCCGAGUCCUUCUGAGUGUGCUCGGACUCCUCGCUUUCAGACCACCCUGCCCCGCGUCCUCAGAAAAGGCAGCGUCUCAGCAAGAGGGCAGCUCCCCCACCAUUUCCUUUCCUCCCUCCUGAGUGUCUUCCCCACCCAUCGCUGAGCCGGGCCCUCCCACGCAAAGCAGAUGUGAGAUUAGAGGAGCCGAGUCUGGCCAGGGAUGGGAUUUAACAAACUCUUUGGGAACCUUGACUCCCAGGGAGGAAUGAAUGGCUGUGACCCAGCACGGAUUGGGGGCCCAGUCAGGCAGCCCAGAAAGUGGGAGAUUAUACAAACAGAUGUAAAGACCCACUAACAACAUGUGAGAACCUGUCUGCAAGGCUGGGACAGGAUGUGAGGUGCGAAGAAUCCAGUUUGAACCAAGUGGUGUGUCAAAAAAAGAUGCCAUUUCAAUAUUGGUUUGUGUUUAUUUUCCACUAACCGGAUCUGUGAAGAUAUCCUUGACCUCUGCUCCAUCUGAGUAUGUGCCUGCUCAUCCGAAGUGGUAUUACCAGGUUAAGCGAUAUGGAGAUCUCCAUGAGGAUUCAGAGAAGAGUCCCAAUAGUUAUUAAAAUUCUGGACUAGAUUAGGAAAGGUAAACAGUCUACUAGGGAAGAGGAGGUUAAUGGUUUACUAAAUCUUUUCAAACAUAAAAAAUGGCAACUAGCUGUUGUGGCUUGCUGGAGAACUAAACAAGAGAAAAUAGAUUUGUGAUCCAACCUAAAGAAUUUUAAGUGACAGCUAAGGAAGAAUAGUUCUGAUAAUUAAACUUUAAAAUGGUUCAUUGAGGUGCUUUAGAGAGCCAGCUCUUUGGAGAGUUUUGUAAAGGGUUGGUUUAAAUUUAUCCGUUUAAGAAUCUAAACGUUUUGAUCAUCCAUAAUUGGCCCAAGAGUUUUCAGUCCUUUAACGUAUGUUCACUCUCUUAAUCCAUAUAACCACCUUAUGAUACAGGCAUUAUUAUCCCCAUUCUGUAGUUGUGGAAAUUGAAGCUCAGAGAUUAAGCAUUUUCACCAAAAUAAUACAGCUGGUUGUUAGUGGCAAAGCCAAGAUUUGAAUCCAGCUCUGUGUUGUCACAUUCGGAGCAGAAACAGUAUCUUAUUCAACUGUUUUUGCCAUACCUACCACAGUACCUAACCCUUAAUAAGGGUUCAGUUAAAAAAAACCAAACCAGUUACCAUCGAGUCCCGGGUUUAAAUUGAAUUGAUUUGAACUUGAUCCUCUUUGAGGAGGUGACAUUUAAGCAAAGAUACCAAUGAAGAGGACUCAGUCAUGUGAACAUUUUGGGAAAGAAUGUUCCAAGGAGAAGGAACAGCAACUACAAAGACCCUGAGGUAGGAAAUUGCUAGGUUGUGUUUGAGAAAUAGUCAGGAGGUCAAUGUGAUUGGAGCUUAGUGGGCAAAAUGCGAGGUAGUUGGUGUGUCUGGAGAGGAAGCCAGGGGUCAGAUCAUGUAUUGCCACUCGUUUUAAAAAGAUUAAUCUCCAGGAACACACAGUCAACAGAUUGCAGUGGUUUACAAGAUAAAAGAAGGAUAAUUAAGCUGUUAAAAGUAAUAAUGAUUAUUAAAUGACUUAAGUGUCAUGCAUUGGGGUAGAACAAUUAAGUGCAUCAUCUGAUUUAAUCUUCAUGCUAAUUCUACAAGGUAGGUGUUACUCCAGUUUUACAACAUGAGAAAAAUGGGGAAUCAGAAAUAUUAACUUGUUUCACACAAAAGGUAAGUGGCAAAGAGAGGAUUUGACCCAGGUCUCUUUGACUCCAAUGCCUGUGCUCUCUCCACUGUACUACAUUUUCUCAUUUGAAAGAUUAUGAUUAAGGAGAAAGGCACUCAUGCAUGCAUUCAUACAUUCAACAAAUUAUCACCCAUUGCUAUGUGCCAGACCUGUAGAAAUAGUAUUAAAAUGUAAUAUGGCAUUGUAUAAUUUCUUUUUGUAUGAUUACACUCUUACCAGUCAUUUGAUUUUAAAACUUUGCAGGUAGAUGGACUAUAAAGCAAUUGCCCAGCAAACUGCUCAAGAAGUUUUAGGUUACAGUCAAGAUACAGCGGGCUGGAAAGUGGUGAAAACUUCAAAAAAGAUAACUGUUUCCAGCAAGGCUUCUAAAAAAUUCAAUGGAAAUAUCUAUCGUGUUGAAGGGAUAAUUCCACAAUCAACAAGUAAACUAUCUGAACUUCUCUACCUACCUGAACACAGAGUUACAUGGGAUAAGUCAUUGAAAGUGUUCAAUGUGGUUCACAGGAUUGAUUCGGACACAUUCAUAUGUCAUGCCAUUACACAAAGUUUUGCCAUGGGCUCAAUUUCCCCCCGAGACUUUAUCGACUUAGUACACAUCAAGCAGUAUGAAGGGAAUAGAGUGAUUAUCAGUUCUAAUAGUGUGGAUUUUCCGGAAUAUCCUCCAUCUUCAAAUUAUAUCCGUGGUUAUAACCAUCCUUGUGGCUACGUAUGUUCACCUCUGCAAGAGAACCCAGCAUAUUCCAAACUAGUGAUGUUUGUCCAGACAGAAUUAAGAGGAAAACUGUCCCCAUCAAUAAUUGAAGCAGCCAUGCCUUCCAACUUAGUAAGCGUCAUCCUCAAUGCAAAAGAUGGAAUAAAGGUACUCAGAAAUACAUCAGGAUGUGCAUGCCAUCCUAAGAGUCAUUCGUCAUUCCUAAAGAAGAAAUGAGGCCAUUCUGCUAGAAAAUCAUGUGCGGCACCUACUUCAGUGUACUUCUAAGUCAAUAUGCAUAAGUGCUGUUAAACUAUUCUGCCAGUAUUCUUGUACUAAUUACUGAAGGUACUUUGUGAAAAUAUGAACUCACAGUCGUACAAGAGAACAGCAAUAAAUGUAGUUUUUAAUCUCAGAUAAGAACAAUGUUAAAUAACAAUUGUACUUAAUACACCUGUAUCUUUUGUUUUGUUUACUCUUGAAAAUGCUCUGUAUAAAAUAAUAAGCAGAUACAAUCAGAAGUCAGUAUUAAUUAAAGAUUAAAAUACAUUUUAAAUUGUUUUUCACUUACUGCUUAAGUUGAAAAUUGUAGGAAACACAAACAUAAAAAUUGGAAAGAAUUCGGCUAGAAUGCAUGACUAAUGACAUUUAGAAGUUAAAAUUAAGUAAGUCAUGAAUCAACUUCUGGGUCUGGCCAAGAUGUAAUAGCCCCCAUUUGUCCCCAAGUCCUUCCUCUUACAACUAAAAACCCUGGAACAUAACAAAUA